GAUCUUCUCUCGUGUAAAUUUUAUUUUCCUCUUGGAGAUGUAACGUUUGUACUGACAUCUUUUCAGUUGAUUUUAAAUAUAGUAUAUUAUUUCUUGUUUAAAUAGUUCUUCUAAGUUGUAUUCUAAACUUGACUUACUCUGUUAAUAUUUAACGUACUAACACCAUAGCUAGAAUAAUAUAAAAUCAUUCAAGAUGAGUAUGCCAGAGCUAGGAAGUAAAAUAAGUCUUAUAUCGAAGGCUGAUAUUAGAUAUGAAGGAAAAUUAUUUACAGUCGAUCCCCAAGAAUGUACUAUCGCAUUGUCUCAUGUUCAAUCCUUUGGUACUGAAGAUCGUUUGACAGAGUUCAAAGUUCCUGCACAAAGUCAAAUUUACAAUUACAUUUUAUUCCGUGGGUCUGAUAUUAAGGACAUAAAAGUUAUUACUCCACAAAUACCCCUCAAUGAUCCUGCAAUUGUUCAGUUAUCCGUUCCUCCAAAUACUAUGGGUGGAUAUAAUUCUAAUUACCAACCUACAAUGGAUGACUUAAAUUCUGCCAGUCAAGUUGGAAACUCAUACAAUCCCAUGUCUGGUGUAAAUCUCAAUGCUGGAACAUCACACAAACCGUCAAGUGAGUCAUCUCUGAUCUUAGACCAACAACAAGUUAAUCAACAGUCGCAACAAAGGCCUGCCCAAACUGAUGUUUUAGAUUUAAUUUCUGGAGGCUCCCGUUCAUCUACACCUGCUCAACCAACAUUUAAUGGGCAAAGAAAUAGUCCUACUUUUGAUCAAAGUGUGCAAACUGGCCAACAACCAAGUCCUGGUAAUAAUAGAAAUGGUAGAAAUCAACGUAAUCGAUCUACUUCUUCAGACACUCGCAAACCUGUUAGGCAACAAGGAAGACAAAAUUAUCAAAGAAAUGAUCAACAUUAUCAAAGAAAUGAUCAACAUUACCAAAGAAAUGAUUUUCAACACCAAGAUAACUUUGUUAAUCGUCAAGGAGGUAAUCGUAAUAUGAAUGGUCGAAAUUGGAAUAAUCAACAGAAUCAACAACAAGUAAGGCGCCAAGGAGUAAUUCCCAAUUCCACUGGUCGAUCAUUUUAUAACAACAGAUCAACUGGUCUUCCAGCUCCAAGUAAAGCACAAGGUCUAAGAACAAAUUCUCUCAAGUUUGAUGAAGAUUAUGAUUUUGAUAAGGCCAAUAGUGAAUUUCAAGAAAUCAUUAAAAAACUGUCAAGAACAAAAAUUGAUGAUGGUACUGAAGAACAAACUGAAGAAGUAACUGUAGUUAAUGGAAGUGAAUGUUCUGUAAAUGGUGACACAGCUCUACAUUCUAAUGAUAGUGAACACCUUACUGGAAAAAAACUAAAUCGUGUAGACAGUGUUCCUGAAGGAGCUAUUACAGAAAAUGACGAUGAUGAUCAAAAGAUAUUUUAUGAUAAAACUAAGUCUUUCUUUGACCAAAUAAGCUGUGAAGCUGUAGAAAGAAGUAAAGGGCAUAAUCAGAGAACAGAUUGGCGUCAAGAGAGAAAACUUAACUCUGAAACUUUUGGUGUGGCUAUGGCUAGGCGUGGACAAUAUCGUGGUCGUGGUGGUUAUUAUAAUAAUAACCCUAACUAUCGUCAAAAUCCUAAUACUUAUAAUAAUAGUAAUUAUAACAACCGUCAAGGAAUGAACUAUAACUUCCGUCCAAAUAAUGGAUAUGUCCGUAACAAUCCGGGAAGCCGUGGUUAUAACAAUUACAGACCUAGACAAACCAAUAAACAAGAUCAACGUCAAACAAAUGCAGUAUCCCCUCAAAGAGUUGUAGUAGCUUGAUCACUUGGUCUAAUAUCAAAGUUGCUAUAUAUAUAAUUUAAGAAAAUCAACAAUUAAAAAAAAAAAAAAAAAGCAAA